AUGAAUUCAACUGAAUUACUUGUCUCUAUUGAUCACCCCUCUCUUACAGUCUCCUCUUCUUCCUCCACCUCCUCACCAAACAAAGUAUCCCCCACCUCACCAUCAACUCUUGACCAAUCUAAAUUAAAGUUAUCAAUGUCUCAACGAGCAAUGGCAAGAAGAAGUGUCUGUGUAAACUCUACACUCUUGUCUCAGUCAUUGAAUACAAUGGCUUUAAAUUCUAAUAGUAGUAGUAGUACAAGUAGUGGUAGUAGUAAUAAUAAUAAUAGUAGUAGUAGUAACAAUAUAAAUAAUAACAACUUACUUGGUAGUAGUUCAAAGGAAGAGCCAUCGUCUUUAAAAUUAAAUGGUUCCACCUCUUUAAAGAUACCAUCAACAACAACAACAACAACAACAUCAUCAACAACAAUACCAACAAACAACAACAAACCUCCAACAGAAAGACCCAAUAUAAAACCAGGCUUUAGACCAUCCAAACAAGAAUCUUUACUUAAAGCACCUGUAGUCAUCAACAAGAUAACAUCAUCUACUAGUAGUUCUACAACCACCAACAACAACAACAACAAUAAUAAUAGUACAACAACCAUUAAUGAUGUUGGAGCUGCUUCUUCCCUCUUACACUCCUCUGCUGGUGGUUUUACUACUACUACAGGUGGUGCAAGUAAAAGCAGAUCAGGUACUCUUACACGAUCAUUACAAAUAGAGGACGUACAAAUCAAACAUACGGCAGCAUCGUUGGGAAAAAUGAAGAACUCUACAAUCUCUGAAAUAAGAGACUCUAAUCGAAAAAGAUCUCAAUCAAUUACGAAUCCUUCCACUUUUGUCAAUCCCAACAGUAAUCAAAAUAACAAUAACAAUAACAAUACUACUACUACUACUAUUGCCGUUGGUUCAACUAUUAAUACAAAUAGUAAAAAUAAUUCUUCAACUUUAUCAUCAUCAUCAUCGUUGAGCAGCAGCACCACAGUAGAUAAUAAUAGUCAACCAACUCCAACAAACAAAAAAGAUGAUGUUUUCACAAGAUUAUCUUCUUCUUCAAGUAAAUCCAAAUCAAGAUCACUUUCCAUUUCAAAUUUAAAGGAUCAACAAAAUACUAAUAUUAAUAAUAACCCCCCUACACCUUCUACAUCAUCAUCAUCUUCUUCUUCUUCUUCUUCUUCCUCAUCAUCAACAUCAUUUACAAGUAAAUUAAUUCCAAAGAUUUUAAGAUCAACAAAAUCAUCUACUAUUACACCGUCAUCAUUGACAACAACAACAACAACAAAGACAUCCUUAUUGGAGAAUAAAUCCAAAAUAUCACCAGCAAAGUCAUCCACCUCUACUAGUAGUAGUAACACAAGCCCAUCGACACUUUCUCCAAUAUCAUCUCCGACCAUGACAUUAUCAAGUAAUUCACCAAAAACCACAUCAUCACCCUCUUCACCAAAGGAUUUUAAAUGUAUGACUCCUUCAGUGGCAUUGAAACUUUAUAUCAACGAUCUCACAAUGGCAGAGCAAUCAGAGAUUCUCGGUUUUCCUCAAGUAUAUUACACUGGUUGCACUGGCAACCAAAAGGUAAUAUUUGAUAAGAAUCUACCAAACAAUGGGUACGAUACUGAAGAAGGUGACUAUAGAGUGGUUGUUCAAGACCAUAUUGCAUAUCGAUUCGAGAUUUUAUCGGUAUUGGGACAAGGUUCUUUCUGUCAGGUCGUAAAAUGCUACGACCACAAAAAUAAUCAACAAGUUGCACUCAAACUAUUAAGGAAUCAAAAGAGAUUCUACAACCAAGCACUUACAGAAAUCAAAAUUCUAGAAUUUGCAGCACAAUUAUUAACUUCGUUAAGAUUCCUAGCAAAAAGAAAUAUUAUUCAUGCCGAUUUAAAACCAGAAAAUAUAUUGUUAAAACAACCCACCAAGUCAGGAAUUAAGUUGAUUGAUUUUGGUAGUAGUUGUUUUGAAAAUGACCAAAUAUUUACUUAUAUUCAAAGUAGAUUUUAUAGAUCACCAGAAGUCAUUCUCGGAAUGAAAUAUGAUAAAUCUAUAGAUAUUUGGAGUUUAGGUUGCAUAUUGGCCGAGUUGUAUAUGGGAGCACCACUUUUCCCUGGUAACGAUGAACCAGAACAAUUGGCAUGUAUUAUAGAAAUUUUUGGACUACCACCACAAACACUGGUCGACCAAUCAACACGAAAAGAUGUCUUCUUUGAUGAAGAUGGAGCACUUAGGCCAAUAAACAAUCCGACAACUGGCGAACCAUAUGGAGUUGCAACUCGUACAUUAUCAGAGAUCAUGCGAUGUCCACCUGACGACAGUGAUGCACCUGAUUUUGUUGACUUUAUAGAAAAGUGCCUACUUUGGGAUCCACUCUUAAGAAUCACUCCUGAUCAAGGUCUUAGACAUCCUUGGAUUGCUGAAUUAACAAAUUCAUUGUCUGUUCAAUCCUCUUCAUCAUCUACUCCAAUCAUUUCAGUUGCCAAUACUUGA